UAGUGGGGGAUACCGAGGGAGCGCGCCGGGGCAGGGCGAGCCGCGCGGCCGGAGACUGCCCGCGAUGGCGGGAGCCUGGCUCAGGUGGGGACUCCUGCUCUGGGCAGGGUUGCUAGCGUGGUCUGCGCACGGCCGGGUACGGAGGAUCACGUACGUGGUGCGCCCGGGCCCGGGACUGCCGGCCGGAGCCUUGCCUUUGGCUGGGCCCCCGCGGACCUUCAACGUCGCUCUGGACGCCAGGUACAGCCGGAGCUCAACAGCCACCUCCAGCCGCGCCUUGGCCGGGCCCCCAGCCGAGCGGACCCGGCGCACCAGCCAGCCUGGCGGCUCGGCCCUGCCCGGGCUCCGAUCUCCGUUGCCACCCGAGCCCGCGCGUCCGGGGGGGCCCGGCCGACAGCUCCACUCUAAGGCCGGUGCUCAGACCGCGGUCACUCGCUUCGCCAAACAUGGCAGGCAAGUCGUGCGCUCCAAAGUGCAGCAGGACACCCAGAGCGCCGGGGGCUCCAGACUGCAGGUUCAGCAGAAGCAGCAGCUGCAAGGGAUCAAUGUCUGUGGAGGGCAGUGUUGUCCUGGGUGGAGUAGAGCUCCCGGCUCCCAGAGGUGCACCAGACAGGACCAGAGUUUGGUUCUUUAUACCCAUGUUGGACCAGAGGCUGCUUCCCAAUACCUGUGUUGUCCAGCUUACAACUAUCUGUAAUUCCAACUCCAGGAGAUCUGAUACCCUCUUUUGGCCUUUGAGGUAUCUAGUACAUGUUUACACAUAUACAUAUACUUUCACAUACACACAGACACACAUUGAUAAACAAAUCUUUUAAA